AUGGCCACCAACGGCGAAGCAAAACAUCCAGCAAGCCUUACUCGUCUCGCAGUAAGACGGAUUCGCCGAAUUGCCACGGAAGAACUGUCGCAGGAGCUGUAUGACAAGGCAACUUUCUGCAUCAUCGAUUGGUUUGGUGCCGUACACACUGGCUUGUUGCUGCCAUGGAAAGAUGCGCUGCUAAAGUAUGCGAAACUGAAUCGUGGGAGCGCAGAAGCAUAUGCAUGGGGCAUCGGUGGAGACGUCUCGACUGAGACCGCGGCCUUUGUUAAUGCAACUUUAGCCCAUAGUGCAAUCCGAGAUGACAUGCAUCUUGAGGCCUGCUCACAUAUCGGCUCGAUGGUAAUUUCAGCAACUCUAGCCCUAGCCCAGCGUGAUAAAUGGUCUGGAGAGCAGCUACUGAGGGCCGUCAUUGCUGGUUAUGAGAUGGCCGCACUUCUUGGAACAGCGAUCCGUCGUGGAGGGACUUUCAAUGCGCACCUUCGUCCCAGUGGCCUCAUUGGCGCCUUUGGAGCCGCAGCAGCGGCAAUCGCAGCGGAAGGCGUGGACGAAACCAUCGCCGUAAAUGCGCUCGGCUUUGCUCUCAGUAUGGCUGCUGGUACCAACGAAUGGGCCUGGAGUGGAGGUACCGAGAUCUUCGUGGAAAUGGGCGUGGCUAGCCGCUCUGGCAUUGCAAGCUUCGAUCUGGCCAAUGCUGGCUUCGAAAGUAGCGAAACCGCUCUUGAAGGCAAAGAUGGCUUCUUCAACGCAGUCGGAUCUGGUGCUGCUGGAGGGAAGGAUUUCAAAGAUUGGCUAGAGAAAUCCCCGCUCGGCCAAGGCAUCCUGGACGUGCGUUUCAAACCAGUGGCCGGAUGCAACUAUGCCCAAUCGACUUCUGCCGUGGCAGUUCGGAUUUUCCAAAAGCAUAAGCUAGGUGAGAUUGACCGCAUCAAAAUCACCGCCACCUCGCAAGCAGUCAAGUAUCCAGGAUGUAACAACGCCGGACCAUUGAACACCAUCCAAAACACCAAGAUGAGCAUCCAGUUCGGAGUAUGCGCCGCGCUCACUUUUGGGAAAUUGGACGAGGAUAUCUUCAAGCUGGCCGACGACAAGCGAGUCAACAACCUCAUAGCAAAAUGUGAGCUUAGCUCGAGCCCCGAGUUUGACAAGGCGUAUGAGCGAGGUCUUCAGCCGGCAAUGGUGGAGGUCACGCUGGUGGAUGGUACAGUACUUCGAGAGAGUGUAGAGGACGUACCAUGGCUGACCGAGAGCGACGUUGAAACUCGUUCCAUUUCAGAGCAAGAACGAGACAUUUCGAAGGAUGCAGCAAAGGUUGUCGAGGCGUGCAAGGGAUUGCGAGGUCUUCCCCAGUGCAAUGCGCUUCUUGUGAAGCACAGUUAA